CCCGAACACUGGAGGAGCAAAACUCAGCAUCUUCUCACUCAGCAUCCUCUAGUCCACGCCAACAGCUGCAGUCAUGAAUGUAGGUAUCUGUGUGUGUGUUCUCCUGGCUGCUUUGUCCAGUGGUUCCCUGAGUUUGCCCUCACAGUCCAUGAGAGCUGAGGGUGAGGCUCCUGUGUCAGACAGUCUGCUGCCUCCCCCCGCCUCCCCCCACCACACACGGCAGGCCCGCUCGGCUCCAGCGCUCCCCUCAGGGCACCUAGCCAACUUCGACCAACCCCAGGAGGACGGAGACGCUCGGAACAGCCUGAGCCAGCUACUGGCCAGACUCGUCUCCAGUAAAAGCUCUCCCUACCACACCAGGUCUUCCGUCAGCAGCAGAGCCAGCGGUCUAGCCCCCGGCCACAGGAUAAAGGACAGAGAUUACCUCGGCUGGAUGGACUUCGGUCGACGCAGCGCAGAGGAGUAUGAAUACACCUCCUAAAGGCACACCCAUCGUCGCCUCUAAAAGCCCCUAAAAUAAUGAGCCCUUUUUACACUGCACUUACUGUAACCAAGAGCUGACUUGACUGGAUUCUAGAAUGAGAGGGGAAAUAUUUCAAAGGGCAUACCCUGCAAUCUGUGGACGCUGAAUCUCCAUGCUCAAGUUAAG